AUGCAUGAUGCCGGACUCGAUUACUUUGGGCGGAAGCUUGCAACAUGCUCCUCAGACAAGACAGUCAAGAUCUUUGAAAUCGAGGGAGAAUCACACAAGCUUCUCGAGACACUUAAGGGCGUCUACCAACAGGCACAUCCGAAAUACGGCACAAUACUGGCAUCUUCAUCCUACGAUGGGAAAGUCCUCAUAUGGCGUGAACAAAGCGUUGGCAGCGGCGCUAAUUCCUCAACCUCCUGGAGCCGCGUGUUUGACUUCUCCCUCCACACUGCUUCCGUAAAUAUGGUAUGCUGGGCACCCCAUGAGCUCGGUUGCCUUCUCGCCUGUGCCUCCUCCGACGGACAGGUUAGCGUUCUUGAGUUCCGCGAUAAUAGCUGGACACAUCAGAUUUUCCAUGCCCACGGGCUCGGAGUCAACUCUAUCAGCUGGGCUCCCGCCGCGGCUGCCGGCUCAAUCAUAAGCACCAACGCUGCAGCAGGCCAAUCGAGAAGAUUCGUUACUUGUGGAAGUGACAAUCUCAUAUUCAUAUGGGAUUACAACCCCGAGACCAAAACGUAUUCUGCCUCGCAAACCCUCCAGGGCCAUACCGACUGGGUUCGUGACGUAGCUUGGUCUCCCAGUAUCUUAUCUCGGUCCUACAUUGCAUCCGCAUCCCAAGACAAGACCGUACGAAUCUGGACUUCAGACCCAUCUAACCCUCAGGAAUGGACAAGUGAGAAACUGGAAUUCGAUACUGUUGUCUGGCGCGUCAGCUGGAGUCUAAGUGGCAACAUCCUUGCUGUCAGCGGCGGUGAUAACAAGGUCAGCUUGUGGAAGGAGGAUCUCAAGGGGAAGUGGGAGAAAGUCAAGGAUAUCGAGGAGUGA